UUCUCUACAUCAUUCAUCAACCAAAUGGAGUCAAAAAUGGAACUUGAAUUUUGGAUGGGUAUUUUCCCCAUGAACCUCUACCAAGGCUUUUGGUGCCCACUUCUUGAGCCCACAAUGUCAUUCCAAACCCACUUCCAGGCCCACGAUACGGAUGUCAUCUUAGCGAGCUUGCCUAAAACUGGCACCACUUGGCUAAAAUCUCUCCUUUUUGCCAUUGUAAAUCGUAAUAGAUUUACCAAUAUUUGUCAGCAUCCACUUCGAAAUCAAAACGCCCACGAACUUGUUCUUCAAUUGGAGGCUAAAGUUUACAAUAAUAUUCAGGGAAGUCAACCUGAUUUUAUUGACUUACCUUUGCCUCGACUCUUUGCUACUCAUAUACCGUAUUUGUCAUUACCAAAAUCUAUGAAAAUCUCCAAGUCCAAAGUUAUUUAUGUUUGUCGAAAUCCUUUGGAUACUUUUGUUUCGUCAUGGCACUUUUAUCGCCAGCUUAAGGUUAACAUGGGUUUAAAGCAUUUUUUUAGUCAAUUGACAAUAACUAUGGGUUUUAAACAUUUUUACCGUCAAUUAAAGGUGAUCACAGGAUUUUUUCAUUUUUACCGCCAAUUUAAGGUAAAUAUGAUAGAUGAAGAUUUUGUAAAGUUUUGCGAGGGAAAAUUCCCAUACGGCCCCUAUGAAGAUCAUGUACUUGGGUAUUGGAAGGAAAGCAUACAAAAUUCAGAGAAGGUAUUGUUCAUGGAAUAUGAAGGGCUAAAGGAAGACCCGGUAGCCCAUGUGAAAAAACUAGCUGAGUUCGUGGGUUACCAGUUUUCGGAACAAGAGGAAAAAGAAGGUAUCAUAGAUGAUAUAAUCAAACUUUGUAGCCUUGAAAGUUUGAAGGAAAUGGAAGUGAAUAAGAGUGGGAAUUUUUAUGGGUUUUUUGAGAACAAAGCUUUCUUUAGGAAAGGGGAAGUUGGAGAUUGGUCAAAUUAUUUGAAUCCUUCAAUGGUUAAGAGUUUUGAUGAAAUUGUCCAAGACAGAUUUAAGGACUCUGGUUUUUCUUUUAAGCACUACAAACCCUUCUCUGAUGCUCCAAAAUAAGAGGGAUGAAAGAUUUUUUUUUUUGUUUAUCUUUAUAAUUUUUUUUUAAAUGUUCAUUGUCAAUGUGUUUGAUUGAUUUUAGUUACGGAGUGAUUUGUUUAAGAAACCAAAAUACAAGACAUGUAGAGUAUGUUUGGUAUAGCGUUUAUAACUGAUGAAAAUGGAAUCACUUAACUAUUUUCAAUACCUAAUGUUUGGUAUGAGAGGUGUGGUAACAUAAUUCCUUUGUUAAGGGUAAACAUUACUACCAU